AUGCCAUCAAGAAACUCCAUUAAUAAACCAAAAGAUAAGAUCUUGAAGAAUAGUCAUGCCUCCACCAUAGGUAAACGUAGAUCUAAUAGAGUCAGAUUAUCCACCAGAUCAUCUCAUGGUCGUUAUAAUGACAACACCUUACCAACUCCAAGAGACUCAAAAGCUGUAGCUUUAUACACUGGAAAGAUACCUAUUACUACUGAAUUAACUACCAAAACUUUAUCUAAUAAGAAAGCUAAAAAAUUAGCUAGAAAUCAAAAAUAUAAUGAAAAGAGAAAGGAAUUAUUAACCAAAGAUAUUGAUUCAAAGAUGGAAGUUGAAGAUGAAAAGAAAGUUAAAGAAAGUGAAGCUGAAAAAUUAAGAGUCUUAUUAUGGAAUAGCAUUAAAAGUAAUGAUUUACUGUUAUUCAAAAAACAGCCAGAUACUGAAGGUACUACUAUCGGAGUUCAAUCAUUUUAA